CUCCCUCUGUACUUUUCCUUUCUCUCACUUGAAAAGUUGAAGGCAAGGACACCCUGUCCCUUUCCUAGCCACUCGCUUUUUUUCCUCAAUUUUCUACUCCCAUAAUUUUAUGUUUUUUUUUUUUAUUGCAAAUUGUUUCAAGGCUCUAAGCCUAAAAAGGUAGGAAAGAGAGCUGGCAAGAUCAACCCCCCUUGGUUGUUGCCUUUCAUGGUUAAUCUCCUUUGUCAAUUUCAUUCAUAUCUCUCUCUUUCUCUUCAUCAGUUGAAUACAUUAUCCAUUUCUCUCUCUCUGUUAUUUCCAAUAAUUCCCUCAUAGAUUAGCUCAAUCUCUUCUUUCUGUCAUAUGCUUCAACAAAGCCAGCCACUCUCUCUCUCUCGGCUUGCUAGACUUUUCGUGCAGGACUUACCAAGAUAAGAUUCUUCCUUUCCUCUGCUAGAUUUCUGGGAUUCUCUCAGAACCAUUUGAUAAUUGGGGCAGGUUAUUUAAGUUCAGUGGGGAGAAGAAUUUGAUUAAGGUUAGCUGAAUGUUGCAGCAAUAUUGAGCUGUUAAGUCCAGUAGUUAAGUAGGUGAAUCAGGUUUGGCUUGGCAUUUCCGGAUUGGGAGUUUGGAAUACACUUUAAGGUUCCUGGGGUCCCGUUGAUGGAAUCAUCAACACCUACUUCGUUUAAAAGGGCUCGGGCACCUGGCUGCGGAAACCAAGUACCUUCAUGCUUGGUUGACGGUUGCACUGCAGACCUCAGCAAAUGCAGGGACUACCAUCGACGUCAUAAAGUAUGCGAAGUCCACUCCAAAACCCCAAAAGUUACAAUUAGGGGUCAGGAACAACGGUUUUGCCAGCAGUGUAGCAGGUUUCAUUCGUUGGUGGAGUUUGAUGACGGGAAACGAAGCUGCAGGAAACGUCUUGAUGGACACAACCGACGACGGAGAAAGCCUCAACCUGAUUCGCUGUCCGUAAAUUCAGGAAGGUUUCUUUCUAAUCAUCAAGGUACUAGAUAUUUACCGUUCAGUGGCCCCCAAAUAUUUUCCACUACCGCCAUAACCUCUUCUUGGAUAGGGGCUGUGAAAAUGGAAACUGAUAUAAACUCAGAGUUAAAUUUCAGCAGCAGAAAUAGCUUGUUCCCUGGAUCCUCAUCUAAUGACUACACAGGAGAAAAGCAGCUCUCAUUCUUGCAAAGCACUAGUUCAUCACUCCCUGGAGUUUCUGUGUGUCAACCACUUCUCAAUGUCAGUCCUUCAUCAAGUGAUAGUGGCUGCAGCCGGAAAAUGUUCGCAAAUGGGUUAAAUCAAGCCAUCGACUCUAAUCGUGCUCUCUCUCUUCUGUCAUCCCAAUCAGCUGAGACUCGGGAGAUUGGUUUGAGCCCCAUGGUACAGUCUGGCCUAGCUUCAUCCUUGAUCCCGAACUUGCAAUACAAUGGUCUAGGAAUGGAAGGUGAGCAAGUAGGAACUAUUUUGGCCUCUGAUGGCAGUAGUAACACCAACCACCGUGGACAUGAAAUGUUUGGAAUUGGCCAUCCUGUGUCAUCUGCAAGUGGUACUCAUCAGACACUCUCCUUCUCAUGGGAGUAAUAUUGUGCCAUUUCCAUCUACCUUCAAAUCAGAUGGUUUGAGUAAUCAAAAUUUCUUAUCCCUUAGAAAUAGACUGUUUAGAGCCUUUUAAGCAGUGGCAAUUUGAAGUGUGUACAAGUGUGUUUUGCCUUAAUAAUUUUUAAUGUGGCCUUGUUUAAAUGAGUUCCCAAUUAUGCAUGAACCUUUGAGACAAACUAUUUUCUUCUGCAGUUGUAGUUGUUCGAUCUCAUUAGAUACUUCAGUUGUGAGCACUAAUACGUUCAUUUAUGCUGGCGAAAGACAGAGUUCCCAGCAGAAGCUGCCCGAGCUAUGCCAAAACUGUUACUACUGUUAAACAUUCUUUAGAGAUCUCAACACCUGAGCUGAAAGUGAAGGUUAUUACAUAUAAGUCUUGAUGCUUCAAGGUUCAACCCUGCGAAAGAUGGAUAGUUCAACCAAUUACCUGCUGGUCCAUUUAAUACUAGGUGUUUUAGCUGUACAUUUGGUUGGCAAUAUUUGUCAAAACGUUGGCAAAGGAAAUUUGUUUAUCAGAAAAGCUGGAUAAGCUUUCAUUAGCAACUUGGUUAUGGUCUAAGAUUGUUCCAACGCAGCUUUUAUUUUUAAAUUUCCAAGUUGAAAGUAUCAGAUUUAAGGAGAAUGAAAAAUACAUGUAUCCCUUGUUCAAAGAG